AUGGCCAAGCCGGUGGACCACGUCAAGCGGCCCAUGAACGCCUUCAUGGUGUGGUCGCGGGCGCAGCGGCGCAAGAUGGCUCAGGAGAACCCCAAGAUGCACAACUCGGAGAUCUCCAAGCGCCUGGGCGCCGAAUGGAAGCUGCUGAGCGAGGCGGAGAAGCGGCCCUUCAUCGACGAGGCCAAGCGCCUGCGGGCCAUGCACAUGAAGGAGCACCCCGAUUACAAGUACCGGCCGCGGCGGAAGCCCAAGACGCUGCUCAAGAAGGACAAGUUCGCUUUCCCCGUCGUGCCCUACGGCUUGCCCGACGCCGCCGAGCAUCACGCGCACCAUCUCGGCCACCACCACCCGGCCCUCAAGGCGGGCGCCCUCCACGGCCACGAAGCCCUGCUGGCCAACCCGGAGAAGGCGGCCGCAGCCGCCGCUGCGGCGGCCGCGCGCGUCUUCUUUCCCCCGACGGCAGCCGCGGCUGCGGCGGCUGCUGCAGCGGCCGCUGCCGGCAGCCCUUACUCUCUGCUCGACCUGGGCUCCAAGAUGGCAGCGGAAAUCUCCUCGUCGGCGUCUGGAGGCUCGGGCGGAGGAGGCGCGGCGUCGGGGCUGCCUUACGCCUCAUCGCUGGCUUACCCGACGGCUGGCGGCGCUUUCCACGCGGCGGCGGCGGCGGCUGCCGCGGCUGCGGCCAGCGGCGGCCACACUCACUCGCACCCGUCCCCGGGUAACCCGGGCUACAUGAUCCCCUGCAACUGCAGCGCCUGGCCCAGCCCGGGGCUCCAGCCCCCGCUGGCCUACAUCCUCCUGCCGGGCAUGGGCAAGCCCCAGCUGGACCCCUACCCCGCGGCCUAUGCGGCGGCCCUAUGA